AAAUAAAAAAACGAAACGGGAGGUGAUCAAUUCAUCGAACAAAAAACGGGUAAAACAGCGAAAAGAAACGGGGGUGAGAGAGGAAAGGGAACGCCGAAACAAAUUAGCAUAAUUCUCUUCUUCCUCCCCCUCUUCUCGAUGCUUCCUGCGAGUUAAGCGGCGGAAGAUAGCGAGAUUGCGCCGGGGAGCGAACGAGAAGUGAUGGGUUUUUUGAGCAAAGACAAGAAAUCUCCAAUUCUUGCCUCAACAUCGCCUUGCGCUGAUCUCAGAGCUGCUUAUCACAUUUGCUUCAACAAGUGGUACUCGGAGAAGUUCGUAAAGGGUCAGUGGGACAAAAUUGAAUGCCUCUCUGAGUGGGAAAGCUACAGAGAUUGCCUCUCGAAGCAUUUGGACGAUAAGCAUCUGCGUCGGUUCUUGGAAGCGGAACUGGUUCCCAGCGACCUGGUGAACAAUGCGCCAUGAUUGAUCAGAAUGAUGAGCGGAAGGGGAAGAGGGAGACAUGGGGAUGGGCUAACCAUGGUCCUGGUGGGAGGAUCCUGCGUAGAUAGAAUUCGAAUUCGAUUCUUGCCCAACAUAGUUGAAUUCUUGCUUUUCUUUUAGGCAUGGAGAGAGGCCACUGCAGAGUGGGUGAUAUCAUCAAAGCAGAUUCUUCCUUUCGAUAGGGCUAUACAUGUUCAAUUGACCCAGUCAUGGCAGUAUCUCUAAGGACGUGACUAGUCUGCAUUUUUUUUUUCCAUUUAUGAUACGGCAAUAUCUCAAGACAGAUUUUGUAUACAUGGAAUGUGUAAUUAGGUUCUUGCAUUUUUCUCCGUGGCAGUACACAGCUGACAGCUCCAUUAUAGUCAAUUCAUCUGUUUGGCCUUCUAACCAUGAACUUACAACUUCUUCAUGUCAAAGUGUUUGGAUGAUAAUUGUACGUUGGUGGAAAAGGGUUCUUCA